ACCAAUGCAUUUUGGGAUAAAGAAGGGUCCAUAGUUGGGUAGUGGAAAGACCGAGAACGUGAGAUGAAUUUUUGUGCUCACAUUUCUUCAGCUAUCGUUUUGAUAAAAUAAUAGCGGGUAAUAAUACUAUCACCAAACUUUAAUCGGCCGUGUGUGUGCUACAGCCGUAGGAAAAAUGGGAGCAGAUAAACGGAUAAGCCGGACAGAACGUAGCGGGAGAUAUGGUUCCGACCAGUCCCGUGAUGAAUCCGAGUGGCGCGACAGACGAGAGAGAGACCCAGAGCGUGAACACAACAUGCGCCGCUGGGGUGAAGAGAGACGUAACGAUCGUUAUGAAGGUGAUCGCCGGGGAUCAAGAGACAGUCCUGAGCAAAGAGAGAGGAAACGACGUAACAGCGACAGAUCAGAAGAUGGUUAUCAUUCGGACGGUGACUACCCAGAGCAGGAUUACAGACGGGAGCCAGGAGAGGAGAAGAAAAGCAAGACCAUAAUGCUCUGGGGUCUGUCUCCUCAAGUUACCGAGGAUGAUAUUCGUUUUGCCAUAGACCAACUGGAGGGGCCCCAGCCAGUGGAUGUCAGACUGAUGAAAAAGAAAACAGGUAUAAGCCGUGGUUUCGCCUUCGUGGACUUUUAUCACUUGCAAGAUGCUACCCGAUGGAUGGAGACCAAUCAGAAACUUCUGAACAUCCAAGGCAAAAGCGUGGACAUGCACUACAGCCACCCCAGAAACAAAUACGAAGACUGGCUCUGCAGCACUUGUGGCCUGUACAAUUUCCGGAGGAGGCUGAAGUGCUUCAGGUGUGGAGCAGCCAAAGCUGAAAGUGAAACUGGCAAUAACACUGGAGUCUCUGAAACUCAACCCAGUGGAGAUUUCUAUGGCGACACAAUCAUCCUGAGAAACAUUGCUCCUCUGACCACUGUGGAAGCCAUCAUGGCAGCCUUGGCACCAUACGCCAAUCUAUCUUCUAACAACAUUCGCCUCAUCAAGGACAAGCAGACAGGCCAGAACAGAGGUUUUGCCUUCGUGCAGCUGUCUUCUCCUCUGGAGGCUUCUCAGCUGCUAACCAUCUUGCAGGGACUGCAGCCUCCGCUAAAACUGGAUGGAAAAACAAUUGGAGUGGAUUAUGCCAAGAGUGCUAGAAAGGACCUUUUGCUACCUGAUGGGAAUCGUGUCAGCGCGUUCUCUGUAGCCAGCACAGCCAUUGCUGCCGCCCAGUGGUCCUCAACUCAGUCUCAGCAGAGCUCAGAGGGAAUGUCUGAGUACAGCUACCUGCAAGAAGGCUAUGCUCCACUGGCGCCGGACUACCAGUCAUACUACCAGCAGGGAGCAGGAGCCAGCACCUCCCAGGGAAAUGGGAUUCUAGGAGCUGCCCCGGGUGUGAAGAUUGUUCCGACACCAGUCGGAGUAGUAAUAUCACAGAAUGCUCAAGUCUACCAACCCCAUAUAAUCGCACAGCCUGCUGUGCAGGCAUUGUCACUUGCUCAUCAGCUGGAGGCAAAACCCCAGACGGGACACCUUUCAGGCAUUGCAGCUGCAUCUGUGCCGGCUGCCGCUGUAGCUGCUGCCGCUGUUGCUGCCAGUACAUCAACAGUGUCUGGACAGCUAACGGACACCAACACUGCUGUUCCUGACAUAUCCAGCUAUCAGUAUGAUGAGUCCUCUGGCUACUACUAUGAUCCUCAAACUGGUCUCUACUAUGACCCAAAUACACAUUACUACUACAACUCUCAGACUCAGCAGUAUUUGUAUUGGGAUAGUGAGAAGCAGACAUACGUACCCGCCACAAACACAAAUGCUGAAAACGCAGCAAGUGGCUCUACAGGAACGGGCAACAAAGAACCUAAAGAAGGCAAAGAGAAAAAGGAAAAGCCCAAAAGCAAAACUGCUCAGCAGAUUGCUAAAGACAUGGAGCGGUGGGCUAAAAGUCUCAACAAGCAGAAAGAGAACUUCAAAAGUAGCUUUCAGCCUAUUAGUCAAGAAGAGCGGAAGGAGGCAGCAGCUGCUGAUGCUGGAUUCACACUGUUUGAAAAGAAGCAGGCAGGUCUAGAUAGACUCAUGCCAGAAAUGCUAAGGACCCCUGAAGAGGAGCCACCAACCAGCUCAGCCACCACUUCAAAGUGUGGUCUUGUGGCAGCAUACAGUGGAGACAGUGAUCCUGAGGAAGGAGGAUCAGAGCCCGAUGGUUGUGAUAGCAGCCAGGACAAGCUGACAGACUGGAAGAAGUUGGCUUGCUUGCUGUGUAGGAGGCAGUUUCCCAAUAAAGAGAGCCUUAUUAGACACCAGCAACUCUCUGAUCUUCACAAGAAAAACCUGGAAGUUCUCCGCAGAUCCAAAAUGACUGAAGCCGAGCUGGAGGAGUUGGAAAGAAAAGAGACGGAGAUGAAGUAUAGAGACAGAGCAGCUGAGAGGAGAGAAAAAUAUGGGAUCCCAGAACCACCAGCGCCUAAAAAGAAGAAAUUCAGUCAACCAGCACCCGUCAUUAACUACGAGCAACCGACAAAAGAUGGCCUUAACAGCGACAAUAUUGGGAACAAAAUGCUUCAGGCCAUGGGCUGGAAGGAGGGCAAAGGUCUUGGUCGCAAUCAGCAGGGCAUCACUACUCCAAUAGAGGCACAGUUGAGAACAAAAGGAGCAGGUCUUGGCACUAAAGGCACCAACUACACCCUGUCUGCUUCAGACACAUACAAAGACGCAGUCCGCAAAGCCAUGUUUGCUCGCUUCACUGAAUUGGAAUGAUACAUCAGGCUCAUCGACAGAAGGAAAACAGCUGUUUUUAAUAAGUUGAUGAUUAUACCUCUUGCCAUAAACCAGACUGUAGGAAACAAUCUAUAGGGUGGCAUACUGAGAUGGUUAAUUCUCUCAUCUUCUACUGCCACUUAUCCCAGCUAUGGUUAAAAAAUAUAAUUUAUAAAUUGUACAUAUGCACAGUCAAUUUCUUUCCUGGUUUACAUAUUUCUUUUGAGAUCUAUAGUAAUGACAGUUUUGUUUCUGCAUGUUAAAAAUGUACAGUUUAUACAAAAUCUUGUCUAUUUGUACAGGAAAUAAAUGACAUGAGACAUU